CUUCAAAAUGUCUCGAAUGUCUAUAAAGUCCAAGGAUUCAAAUUUUCGAUUAUUGAUGCGCCGGAGAAAAGCUGCGAUGGAAAAUAUGAAAAUCUUGAAACCUAUCAACUUUUGUUGUACCUUGGAAGAUAUCGAUUCUAUGAUUAAAUAUGAUCAACGUAAACCACCUUACACGUCUUCUUUGACCGCAAUAAGUUUGUUACAAGAAUCUCCAGCGAUAAAAUUACGCACACAACAUGUUAAUCGCAUGGAAACGUUACCAAGAAGGUCGACGCUGAGAAGCAAAGAUCUACAGUUCGCUCGAAUGAACUCUGAAAAUCUUGCUAUUUCUUCGAUCAUUGGACCAACCCAGUGGUAUAUAGAAGACGAGGUCGCGUUAGCCAAAGAUAUCAUAUGGGAAGAUAGAUUACAGAAGAACAUUGAAGAGACAACCAAGAAUGUUCGUAUUGGAAAAGAAAAAAUGGAAUCUAAAUUGAAACAAAUAAAAAGUGUUGUUGGACCACGAUGGUAUCAAGAUUUCUCUAUUGAUCAGAUGAAAAAUCUAAUGAUAUUAGAGGAUGUGAUAAUAGCUGAUUACAAACAAAUGGAAACUGGUCGUACUCAGAAAACGCUUACGGCUAUAGGAGUAUUAUCGACCUUUUUUAAAAUAGAUGGAAAAAAUAUCAGAAAAAUGCAACGAUUGUGUGACUUUAAGGCGAUUGAUUUUCUACGAGAAACUUACAGAUUACUUACCGGAAAUUAUUUCGAAGAGGAAGGCUAUAAAAACGAUUAUGACUGCAACGAAAGAAUCAUUUUAUCCGCCAUUGCUUUCUUGACAUUACCAGAGACGAUUAUCGAAUUAAAUAAAAGAUUGCCCUCUGUUAUUAUGCCGAAAAUCCCUCCGAAACCUCUUCCAAUAAAGCCUCCACCAAGACAAAAAGCGAGUUCGCCGUACAAAGAAGAACUCUUUACACGUCCAGAUUGGGUAACUUACUUUAAUCGUUUGCACGAUUGGCGACAAUAUUGUAAAUCGAUGUUAAUACCGAAAGUGAUCUUACCUGAUAAAGAUUGUCCAACAUUUACUUACAAAGAAAAAUUACAAAACGUCGAAAUAAAUCAUAAAAUGGUUAAACACGAUCUGUCCAAGAAUACCAAAGAUGAUACGAAGAAAAGAGAUAGUCUAUCGAAACGCUCAGAAAGAGUAUCAAAAUCUAAUGAAGGUACGAAAAUUCAAGAAUCUAAUAAAAAACGCCUUAGUGUUGAUAAAUCCGAUGUCUCUAAAUCGCCCGAGGAAAAUCAAGUUUUCGAUUUUACGUUUUCUGGAUUGAGCGAAAACCAAACUGAUCCAGUGCAAUACAAGAUUUGUGGAACAUUUAAUCCACCUCGGGAAAAUAAAAAAUCUUGGCUAGGAGAAAAGGACGCUCAUUUUAUUAUCAGUGGUGUCUCGGAUGAUCCACCUCAGUGUCCUGUUGUUUUUGAGAUGACAGGAGUGGCUAAUAUUACGCCAACGAAUAGCGACGAGAGAUUCUUCACAGUGUUAAAACUUGGCGAUGGACCCAAUAAGAUUUAUCCGAGUGGUCGAAAAAAUCUUUCAAAGAAUUGGCAAGAAUGGCUACAUAAUGCAGACGAAGAAUUUAUAAAAGUAGAGAAGGAAGCAAACAAGAUAUUGAAAAACGUUGAGGCUACGAUGAGACUCGUCUUUCCAGGACCGAUUUGUGAUAGUUGUUGUUCUUGCAGGCAAACCAGAAAGACUAAUAUCAUACGUAAAGACAUGAAGACACCUUACAUGGUCAUUGAUACUUUAGCCGAAGACAAUCGAAAACAAAAAUACAUCGUUGGAUCAAUGGCACUUCAUUCACCAGCGCCUACACCUAAUCAAUCUAUGGUGAAUUUGAUCGAUGUCAUUGCUUCCGAGGAUAAGAUCACUACGAAUGUUGUUAUAAAUAGUGUAACGACUGAGAAAGGCGAGAAAAAAUAUUACAUAACUGGUAUGGCGAAAGAUACUAUUCAUGUUCCUUCAAAAAUCGUCGAUCCACAUUCAUUAAACUCUGAACCAUUGCCACUUAAAAAUAUUCCACCAUGUUCUUGUGCCGUUCAGCAAAUGUUUAAUCAGGGUGUAACUCCAAGAUUGAGUACCGAUAACAUCCCAUGGACUAAGAAAGAAGGUUUAUGUUUAGGAAAAAAAUAUAGACCUAAGGCAUCUGCAGCUUAUUCUUGUAAAGCCUACCCAGGUGAUAAAUCCUGUAGAUUGAAUCCUUUUCUCAAGGAAGUUGCUCGAUUAGAAAGAAAAAAGAAUGAAAAGAAAAAGACUGAAGAUGAUUAUUACUCCAAGAAGGAAAAAAGAAUGUAUAGUAUCGCUGAUUUUCAACCUUGCGGUGAUGAACAUGGUAUGAAUAUCUGUGGUGGUCCAUGGCGUACUCUUAACAUUUUAACUCCCGAAGAACUGGAGGAACUAGAAAAAGAACGAAAACAGAUUUUGAAGGGCCCACCAUGUGGAACGAAACCAGGACGUGCUGUUUGCAAAGGACCUUUUGGUGAGAGGAUACCACAACCAAGAAGAGCCAGGCCAACAGACGAGGAGGAAGAAGAAGAAGAAGAGGAAGAGGAGGAAGAAGAAGCAGAAGAAAUACCUGUUCCAGUGAAAAAGGAGAGGAUCCUAAGACGUGACAGACUUUGCCAUGCCAGUCCAGAAACCAUAGCAGCCGAGAAAAAGAUUGUUGAGAAAAAAGUUACCAAAUUUAUACCUGAUCCAGAUUAUUAUGGUUACGAUGAUUCAUGGAAUAUUUUUCGUACUGCACCAUCGGUCAAGGAAACUAUUGCGGAAUAUGAACAAACUUUGAAACUUUCAACUCCUAUUCCAAGAUCGGAUCCAUCUGAACCGAUUCUUGAAGUUUUGAAGAGGAGAAAAAAUAAAAAAGCUAAUAUUUUUACAUUAUCAAAAGAUAAUUCAUCGAAAAUAUUAAAGGAUAAACAUAAAGUUUCGUCUGCGAAAAUACAUUCGGAUAAGAUCAAGAAAGAAACGAAAAGUAAAAAGAAACCCGAAGAAAGUGCUAAAAAACGAUUUGACGUCACCGAAACGUCGAAGAAGCAAUCGCAAAAGAGAUCGAACUUCGUUUCGAAGAGAGAAAAAGAGAAAACUAAAAGAACAAAUAAUCCUGACAAAAGUACACAAGAUGCGAAAUCAAUUGUGAAAAUGAAAGAGAAGAACAAACGGUUGCCGCAAAUGGCAAAAAGAUUUAUUAAAAAUAAUGGUAAUUCAAAAUGGUGUAAGGAGAGAAGUAAUAACAAUGAAAGGAAACGCGAGAAAGUUAAAAAUAAAUUAGAAUCCAAUCCAAAUAAUCCCACGACUAAAUACGAAAAAUCCUUGAAAACCAAUCCAAGAAGUUCUUACGAUGAAAAGUUAAAGGAAGGAGCAAAAAAGGAAGAUAAGAAAAAUCCGAACGAAAGUAUGCUUAGAAAAAUUUCGAAAAAUCAUCCUACAGUAGAUUUGAAAAAGGAAAAUAUAAAAAUUAGAUCAUCGAAUCCUCAGGAACUUUCAAAAGUUGGCGAGAAGAAGUCAAAGAAAAAAAGAACAUUGACGAAAGACGUUAGCGAGGCUUUUACAUCGGAAUAUUUACACGAUCAAGAAAUGAAAAAAUUGAAAAGCAUGAUGUUAUCGCCUGAUAUCCAUCUCAAUAACGUGGAGCCAGUUAUUCUUCCAAAAGAACCACCAUCGUGUUGUCAACAUGAAUACGGUGACACUUUGCAGAAUGAUUUAGCUUCUGAAAAAGUUAUUAGCGAAAUGAAAAUCUCGAAAAAAGGUCCGUGCGGUUGGAGGACGAAAUCGGAACAGGAAAUACCUGUUAAAAAGACUUUGGGCUAUUUGACUGAACCUGAUCCUCCAAUCGAGAUGAUUCCUGUAAGACCAGGUGGAAAGCCUUGUGUUUGUCGUGAAAAUAGAAACAAGAAAAAGAUUCUGAUGUAUCAAAUUGGCGGAUCAGUUGGUAAAAAGAAAACUGAAUUAAAGCAUAAUUCAACCAUAAAAAAGAAAGAAGAGGAGGAAUAUAGUGAAGCUCGAGUGAUAGACGGUGUUAUUUAUUACACACCACCGGCAAGUCGAAGAAGAAGCGACGAGUAUGUUCCCGAAUAUGAUAUUUAUGAGUCACCUUAUGAAGUAUGUACUUAUCGACACAAGGACAGCAUUCUGAAUAUGUUAAAAAAAUACACAGUACCUAGUGACUUUAGAUCAAAGAUGCGAGAUAACAUUAAACCUUGCGAUUGUAAUAGUUAUCUAGAUACUUACGGUGUAGUUGGUGAACAUGAGAUAGAAGAGUCGAAGAAAUUACUUGAGGAAAGAAAAAAAUUGAUGGAUUCGAAAACACCGAAGGAACGUUGGGCUCUGGCUCUAAAGGACAAGGGUCUAAUGGAUUAUUACGCCGGUUGUAAAGACAAAGUACCUUGUUGGUCGACGUGUGCCAAGUUUAGUAAAUAUGCCUGUCCUCCGAAGCCACGAAAAUUAAAAGUGAAGAAGCCUGUAUGCGAGUGUAAGUACGAGAGAAAGAUAGUAGAAAAUAAGGAAGAAAAGAUCAAGUGGAAGGAACGUCAAAAGAAACUAAAAAACUUUAAGAAGAAAGCCUAUACGAAUGUGAAGAAUAUUUCGAGGCCUAUGAAAGCUGACACAAAAAUGAUUAUAUCUGAUGUUAAGAGAAUUCCUCGCGAAGAUGAGUACAUAGACGAUGUACAAUAUUGUAUAUCGGGUGUAAUAGAAAAUUAUGCUAUGGAACCAACAAUAACAACAGUUGUGGAAGGUUUAAGCAUGGUCACACCUAUACAUACACCAGAACCAAGCAAGGAAGAUAUACCGUGUGUUUGCUUGCAUAGACAUUGGUCACCGAUGAAUAUACAACCUGGACCAUUACCUAGACAAGAUGAAGAGUUGAUAAAAGAAAAAAAGCGUAGGGAAAAGUACUUGGAAGAAGCAGCGCGAAUAAUUUAUGGUCCUAACGAUGACGAAAAUAAAUCUCAGGAAUGGUAUCGCAGUUGUAAAACAAAGUGCAUUGGCAAACGAAAGAAGGAUGAUAAGGAUGAAAAUAUAGAAGAAAAAAAUGAAAAUGAUUUGAAUAAUUCGGUAAAAUGUAAUAUGGGCAAAUCUAUAGACGAACAAAAAACUUUCAAUUCUAAUAGGAAGGUUGUAAAUAAAAUUAACAAAGGAUCAAUUAAGAUUGAACAACCAAAUCAAGAGAAAACGACGAUAACAGAGAAAAAAGUGCAGAAAGAGACGAAUAAAAAUAAAAUGGUAUCUGCAACAAAAUAUAUAACAGAAUCGAAGAUCGACAAAGAUCAAGAAGAUAAGAAUCUUUAUCAAAACGAUGUUGAUUUGGGAGUCUUAAUAAAAAAAGAAUUAAAACUAAUGGCAACAGAGGGAUUUCUUUUUGCCAAAUUACCAAAUUGUCAUCGGAUGCCACAAAUUCAGAACUGGAUUAUGUAUAGAAAAGGAUUCGUUUUCACCGAAAAAGAAAAAGAGAAAUUAAUGACCUUGACCUAUAUGAUUUGGGCCAUGAGUGAUUCAAUAAAACAACCCAGGGUUAUAGUUCCGUCCUUGGAUAUGUCCAAGGAAGAAAUUCGAAAAUUAACAUUCGAUCGAGUUGAAGAAAUGAAAAAAAAAAUUGCUAUGAAAUGUGCCAUAUUCUACAGUCGUUUACGAAAAAUGCGUGUAUUAUACAGUCAAUAUAUGUGGAGUACUAUGGAAUUCCGAAAACAUCCAUCCUUGUCAUACAAAAGAGCAUAUUUCACUUAUAUGGCUUCAAAAGAAGCUGAUGGGCACGUUUUUAAACCUUGGAUGCUAAAUGAAGUUCGUGAAAGAGAUUAGAUUCUAUUAUUCAUACAUUAUUUGUUACUAAAAUUCUGUUCUUCUGCAAAGUUCUUACUGUUUAUCAGAAUUAUGAUAUAUAUCUAAUUAAAGUGCUGAGAAAUAAAAAUAUAAGGACAAAUAAAGAAAA